GAAAGGUGACACAGGUUUGCUUCUUAGAAUUAUGUUUAAUUUAUUGUUUUCUUGGUGAAAAGCACAGACCUACGACGAAAUGCACUUGGGGAUGAAAUAUUCAUAUUCGUGCAAAUAUUGUACCAAUUUUCUUAUGACACAAGAAUACGAAGAAAUUCAUAUUUAUGAAUGUCCCGAGUUGACGGAGAUUUGGUGACAUCAUGGAUCAGCAUAUCAUUGUGAAGUUCGUUUACGGCACUCUCUGCAUUCUUUGUAUAGGAACUAGGAUCCACGCAUUGUUCGAACUGUCCAUACGAGGGAGAAACCUCGUGGCGUUCGUAAACAACACACUGAAGUGCGUCACUACGCAUGAUCAGGGUUACCCGGAAGUGACGUGGUCUCGCGACGACCAACCCGUUCCCGUCAGCGCCAUCCGACAGAAGAAGUUCAAUAGGGGAGGCAACUUCACCGUCAUAUCGAGGUACACGUUCGUGGCGACCAUCAACAUGAACCGACAACCACCGAUAUUGUUCUACUGCAAGGCAUCUUUUAACGGAAAAGCUAAGAAUUCCUACUUCGCAGUAGAUAUUUUUGUGCCCCCAAGCCCGCCUAAGCUGACGAUACCUCAAGGUGUACUCAAGGAAGGGGACUCAGUGAAAUUCGUGUGCGAGUCGAAUGUCGGAAUGCCAGCAGCCGAACUUCACUGGCGGUUAGCUUGGACGGAGUUGACAGGAAACAGCAGCGAGACGCAGGGCGAGCACUUGACGUACAACGCGACCAACUCACUGGGCCGUACCCUCACUGCCGCGGACCACGGCAAAACGCUGUCGUGCGUGUGGAACUGGGUGUUUCUCGACACCCAGACCGCAGAUGUGACCCUACGCGUGAUGUAUGUUCCUAAACCUCGAUUCACAUACACAACGAUCACUGUGCCGAACCGAAGAGAUCCGAUCACCUUGGAGUGCUUCGUAGACUCGUUCCCAAACGUGAGCGCCUACAGUUGGCGCCAUGACGAGGAGACUCUGCACGAGACGAGGAGGGUGUUGGAGGUACUUCCCUCCGACGAAGACGACGCACCGUUCCUCGGCAACUACACGUGCGAGGCUCGGAACACCCUCGGGACAUGCCAUCCCAUCACGUUCUAUCUGAUAGAGAACAAGAAGAAAGAAAAACAAGAAAUAGAAUACCAAGACGCAUAUGAAAGAAUAAUUGAAAUUAAAAAAAUAGAGGAAAUCAAAAGUAAAAAAGGUGUUAACAAAACGCGACAAAGAGGAUUAUUUGUGGGCUAUUUCUCUGGUAGUGAUUCCCGGAGUGGUAGUUACUAUUUUUGGUGUUUGGUGGGUGAAGCAGGGAAGAAUGGAAUAUCAAAAUCGGAAAAAGCGAAAUGCGGAGGUAAUUCCAAAGUAAGAAAGGAACAACCUACAACACUUGCCUACUGGGUUUGCUCUGUGGAUAUAGUGAGACUCACGAAGGACCUAAUUCACACAUACAAUGUAUGAUACAUGUAUAUGUCUUCUAAAAAUCUGUUGAAUUUCGAGCUUCAGAUGUAUACUUUAGUAAACGUUUAAAACGAGCUCUUUGAAGUUUCAGAUAUCUGCAUAAUGAGAACAGCUUAAUUCAACGAGUUUCGGAUUGAGGUAUCCGUUGUAAAACGUUUAAUUUAAAGAGACAUUCCCGAGUUUGCUGCAAUUUUUAAGAUGUUAUCGACUAACAGAGACUUUUUGACGACUGUAAUUACAUAUCAAAUAUGUUUCCGCAUAAAAUAUUAGUGGCUGU